CUUCUCCAGGCGCGGCUCCGCCCCAGGAUGGCGUCACGGCUGUAUCUGCAUGUGAGGCCCCGCCUCACUCUUUGCAGGACGUCACCGCGGACUGCAGGGGCCUGAGCCGCUGCUGCCGCCGCCGCUGCCCCUGUCGCGCAGCCCCACAUCAACGCAGGGGGCCCCGGCACCACCGCCGCCAAAAAAGUCGCUGCCGCUAGGGUCACGACCGCCUCGGUGCAGGGCAAGAUGGCGUCCGCCACAGACUCACGCUAUGGGCAGAAGGAGUCCUCGGACCAGAACUUUGACUACAUGUUCAAGAUCCUCAUCAUUGGCAACAGCAGCGUGGGCAAGACAUCCUUCCUAUUCCGCUAUGCAGACGACUCUUUCACGCCUGCUUUCGUCAGCACUGUGGGCAUCGACUUCAAGGUCAAGACCAUCUAUCGCAACGACAAGAGGAUCAAGCUGCAGAUCUGGGACACAGCAGGGCAAGAACGGUACAGGACCAUCACCACUGCCUAUUACCGGGGAGCCAUGGGUUUUAUCCUCAUGUAUGACAUUACCAAUGAAGAGUCCUUCAACGCUGUGCAGGACUGGUCGACCCAGAUCAAGACGUACUCAUGGGACAAUGCCCAGGUGCUGCUAGUGGGGAACAAGUGUGACAUGGAGGAUGAACGGGUGGUGUCAUCCGAGCGUGGCCGACAGUUGGCUGACCACCUCGGCUUUGAGUUCUUUGAGGCAAGCGCCAAGGACAACAUUAAUGUCAAGCAGACCUUUGAGCGCCUGGUGGAUGUCAUCUGUGAGAAGAUGUCCGAGUCUCUGGACACGGCCGACCCCGCAGUCACGGGUGCCAAGCAGGGCCCACAGCUCACGGACCAGCAGGCGCCCCCACACCAGGACUGCGCCUGCUGAGAGCUGCCCUUGCUCCCUCCCGGCCCCACCCCUGCCCACCCCCUGGGCCCGAUCCAGCCCCGCACCGGCCCAGGGCGUGAGACCCCCACCCCCAACUUAGCCCCUCACCCUUAUUUAUUAUCGUAGUUAUUUAUUUAUUUAUUGGAGAGGUCCCCCAGGGGCUCAGGCUCCCUGCCCACCCCCUCCCCGUCCCGCCCUGUACAUACAGCCCUGUCCCCACUCUGCCGUGGCGUGUCGUGGCCCUGUGAACUCACCGUUCCCCCUCCUCUCAAGACCCCACCUUUUUUAAAAAUUCACCCCUAUCAACAGUCACCAGUUUUGCAGAGGGGGCCUGAUGACCCCCCUCCCAGGGCAGGCUGAUUGGGUGAGGGGAGGUAGUCAGGUCAGCAAGCCUGUCGGCUGUGACUUGGUGGGCCAAGGCCACUGUGGGGGGACCUCAGCAUGGACCACGGGGUGGACCAGAGCCAGGUAAUGGCCUGUCUGGCUCCUCACCCCCAAUGUUUUACCCUUAUUUGGAGGUGAGGGCUGCUGUGGGUACUCGCCACCCUGGGACUCCCCCCCCCAACACCAGACCUGUUCUGACGUCAUGAGUGUCAAACGUGCCCCCCAGAUCCCCAGGAGAUGUCAUAACAACACUACACACACCCAAUAAAGCGAAUGGAUGA